CCGAUCAUCGUUGCCAGUACACAAUGUAAAAGAGUUUCAUCGGUGAGAAGUUGCUGUUACGGCUUCCAGUAUGGCUGCAUUUCCUUAUUUUGAUUUAAUCAUCAACUACAAAGGAAAAGUGGGAAGAGUGUUUGAUGUGGACCCAAAUAUGUAUUGCUACAUUGAUGCCUUGAAGGAUGUAACUGCAACAGUCCUGUCUCACAUUUCUUGUAGUGAAGCAAUAGCAAUCACAUUGCAUUGUGAUAUGCCUGGUACUGACAGAAGGAGAUUAGUAGAAAAUGAUCUUGAUGUGCUAGACAUGUUUUAUGUGCAAGGAAGGAGUAAAACAAUUAACUUGUAUGUAAACAUAGAAUAUUCUAUUGGAAUGAGUGAUGGUGGACAUAAAAGUAAUGUUGGAAAUGAAAAUCAUGGAGUAGAUGCUGUAGAUGUAGAGCAAGACUACCAUACUAUAGAUGUAGAUGAAGAGUACCAUCAGGACAAUGUUUAUGGGUUUAGUGAUGAGGAUAGGGAUUGGAAUGCAACUGCUGAGGAUGAAAACCAAUCAGAUGCCAAUGAGAUUUUGAGUGAUGAUGAUAAUGAGUGCUCAAGUGAUGAUGCUGAACUUAGUGAUUACCAAUCUGGUGAUGAUGAAGUGCCAUAUUCUAGUACUGAUGAUGAUUAUGAUGAUGAAGCAGACUGUCUAGAUGAUGAAGAGAUGAGGUUUCCAGGCAUGAAGUAUGAUGGUACCUACAAUGGGAAAGAGCCAUAUAUGAAUCAAGAUGGAGAAGUUGUGUUGGAAGAAGGGAUGAUUUUUCCAGAAGUGAAUACUUUUAGGGCUACAUUAAGGGACUAUACAGUGCAAACUGGUUUCAAGAUAGUAAGAGACAAAAAUGAGAAGUCUAGAGUAACAGCCCAUUGUGCUGCUGAGGGCUGCCCUUGGAGAAUUCAUGCAUCUCCACUUCCAGAUGGGAUCACCUACAAGAUUAAAACCUUAGUACCUACUCACACAUGUAGCAGGAUGAACACAAACACUGAAGCUACAUCAGCUUGGAUUGCUAAAAAAAUGGUUGAAAGUUUUAAGGACAAUCCACACAUGGGCUUAGAUACCAUGCAAAUGAAACUGAAUAAAAUGUUUGGGAUUGAGGCUUCAAGAAUGCAACUGUAUAGAGCCAAAAGGAGGUGCAAGGAGGAGCUGGAGGGUGAUCAUGGGAGCCAAUAUGUGUUGUUGCCAACAUAUGCUAGUCAAAUCAACAAAACAAACCCUGGCAGCUUGGUUGUCAUAAAUUAUGACAUACCUUCUACCCCAGUCUCAGAAGACGGAGAACAACCAGACCCUACCAUUCCUCAAUAUCCAUUGUUCCAAAGAAUUUUCAUAUCAUUUGAUGCAAUGAAAGCAGGGUUCAUUAAUGGAUGUAGGCUAUUCAUAGGGGUAGAUAGGUGUCACUUGAAGGGUCCCUAUGGUGGUGUUUUAAUUUCAGCAGUUGCCUUGGAUGGAAAUAAUGGCUUGUUUCCAUUGGCAUUGGCAAUAGUAGAGGGUGAAUGCAAGGACAGUUGGUCUUUUUUCUUGCACAACUUGAGAACAAUCAUAGAAGAUGCACUACCUUCUAGACCAUGGACCAUCAUGUCUGAUCAACAAAAGGGCCUUGAUAAGAUUGUGAGUGACAUUAUACCGGAGGCAACUCAUAGAAGAUGUUGCAUGCACCUAUAUAACAAUUUCAGAGCCAAAUUUCCGGGUUUAAUUUUGAGGAAGCAAUUUUGGAGAGCAGCAAGGGCUUACAAUCAGAUGGAGUAUGAUAAGACUAUGCAAGCCAUUAAGGACCUGAACAAUGAUGCUUGCAUUUGGUUGCAGAAGAAACAGCUUGAGGUCACACAGAAAUGGUCAAGGACUUGCACAGUGGAGUAUGCAGGAGGCAAUGAGUAUGAGGUGAAGGAUAAUGAGGGGGUUAAUCACAUUGUCCAUAUUGGGGCAAUGACUUGUGUAUGUAGACAGUGGGAAAUAUCUGGUCUUCCAUGCAAGCAUGCUGUGGCUGCAAUUUCUCACAGUAGGUUAAACAUAGAAGAUUUUGUCCACCCCUACUAUUCUAAGGCAACUUACUUGAGAGCCAAUGGUGGAAUGAUACAUCCCAUCUUACACCAUAGCAUGUGGACACUUAUACCUGGGGACCCUUUACAACCCCCACCACUGAAAAGAUUGCCAGGAAGGCCAAGGACUUCAAGAAAGAGGGCUGCUCAUGAGCCACCAGCUGGAACAAGUCAGACUAAAAGGUCUAGUACCUUGAGAUGCAAAUGA